AGGGAAGGGGAGGGAGCCCCGAGGAGGCCAGGAGCAGCGGGCAGCGCCUCCGGGUCCAGCUUCUAUCACCUGCAGCCAGCCGCGGAGCUCAGAACGCUGCUGGCUGCUGCUGUGCUUUUCGGAGGAGGAAAGAUGCUGAGGCCAAUUUCUAGGACCGCUGGUAGGAGUGGGCGUGGCCUCAGCGGCAGUGUGUAAGCUUGUUAGGAAAAGCUGGUUGCUUUUCAGUGAGGGACCAGGGCUGAGGGGAGGUGUGGGGAGAGAGGGAGAGAGAGGGAGCGAGAGAGAGAGAGAGAGAGAGAGAGAGAGAGAGAGAGAGAGAGAGAGGGGAGGGAGGGGGGAAGGAGGAGAGAGAGCGCGUGAGAGGAGGGAGGGAGGAAAGAGAGAGGCAGAGAGCUAGAGACUGAAGAUCCAGUCAGUGCUGCGUGAAGGACCGAGGCGAACCUGUCUCCAGCUCCCCGAGAGCCACUCGAGAUCUUUUGGGGAGCUCCAAAAAAUUAUGAAUAUGGGAUCUGUCACUGAAGCUGUCCUCAAGACGUUACUUCUGUUGUCUACUCAAAACUGGAACAGAGUGGAAGCCGGGAAUUCAUAUGACUGUGAUGAGCCCCUGGUGUCUGCCUUGCCUCCGGCAUCCUUCAGCAGUUCUUCAGAGCUCUCCAGCAGUCAUGGUCCUGGAUUUGCAAGGCUGAAUCGAAGAGACGGAGCUGGUGGCUGGUCUCCACUUGUGUCCAACAAAUACCAGUGGCUGCAGAUUGACCUCGGAGAGAGGAUGGAGGUCACAUCUGUGGCCACCCAAGGUGGAUAUGGGAGCUCCAACUGGGUGACUAGCUAUCUCCUGAUGUUCAGCGACAGUGGAAGGAACUGGAAGCAAUACAGACAAGAAGACAGCAUAUGGGGCUUUUCUGGAAAUGCAAACGCAGACAGCGUUGUGUAUUCUAGACUCCAGCCUUCAAUCAAAGCCAGGUUUCUGCGCUUCAUCCCUCUAGAAUGGAACCCCAAGGGCAGAAUUGGAAUGCGAAUUGAGGUGUUCGGGUGUGCAUACCGGUCAGUGGUGAUUGAUCUUGAUGGGAAAAGCUCCCUCCUCUACAAAUUUGAUCAAAACUCCUUGGCUCCAAUAAGAGAUAUCAUUUCUUUGAAGUUUAAAACCAUGGAAAGUGAUGGGAUCCUGUUGCACAGGGCAGGACCUUCUGGGGAUCACAUCAUGUUGGAGUUAAGAAGAGGAAAGUUAUACUUACUUAUUAAUUCAGGUGAAGCAAGACUGACCUCUAGCUCCGCCCUGAUCAACCUCACCUUGGGCAGCCUGCUAGAUGAUCAGCACUGGCAUUCUGUGCUCAUCCAGAGACUGGGCAAACAGGUCAACUUUACAGUGGAUGAGCACAGGCAUCACUUCCAUGCCCAAGGAGAAUUCAAUUACCUGGAUCUUGAUUAUGAGAUCAGCUUUGGAGGGAUCUCAGCACCUGCAAAAUCAGUGACAUUGCCAUACAAACACUUUCAUGGAUGUUUAGAGAACCUCUUUUAUAAUGGAGUGGAUGUCAUUGGCUUGGCUAAGCAACACAGCCCUCAGAUCACCACCAUGGGAAAUACAUCGUUUUCUUGUUCACAACCACAGUCUAUGCCUCUGACAUUUCUGAGCUCCAGGAGUUACUUGGUACUCCCAGCACCUUCCAAAGACGAAGCCAUCUCAACCAGUUUUCAGUUCCGAACCUGGAAUAAGGUUGGACUUCUGCUCUUCUGUGAACUUCAGCUGGUUUCAGGUGGUCUCCUCCUCUUGCUCAGUGAUGGGAAACUUAAACUGAAUCUCCACCAGCCAGGAAAGUCACCUGGUGACAUCACAGCAGGUGCUGGCUUAGACGAUGGUCAAUGGCACUCUGUUUCCUUGUCUGCUAAAAGGAAUCACCUGAAUGUGGUUGUGGAUGGCCAUGUCACCCCUGCUUCUCCUUGGCUUGGGCCUGAGCAGUUUACUUCAGGAGGCGUCUUUUAUUUUGGAGGUUGUCCAGACAAAAGCUUUGGAUCCAAGUGUAAGAGCCCACUAGGUGGGUUUCAAGGAUGUAUGAGACUCAUCUCCAUCAACAACAAAAUGGUAGAUCUGAUUGCAGUCCAGCAGGGGUCCCUUGGUAACUUCAGUGACCUUCAGAUAGACUCAUGUGGUAUCUCAGACAGGUGUUUGCCCAACUCUUGUGAGCAUGGUGGCGAAUGUUCUCAGUCUUGGAGCACCUUCCACUGUAACUGCACAAACACAGGGUACACAGGAGCCACUUGUCACAGCUCUGUCUACGAGCAGUCAUGCGAAGCCUAUAAGCACCAAGGAAAUGCUUCUGGAUUUUACUACAUCGACUCAGAUGGAAGUGGUCCUCUGCAACCAUUCCUCCUAUACUGCAACAUGACUGAAACGGCGUGGACCGUCAUCCAGCACAAUGGCUCCGACUUAAUGAGGGUCAGGAAUGCUCAUUCUGAGAACCCCCACACUGGGGUUUUUGAGUACGUGGCCAGCAUGGAACAGCUCCAGGCCUCCAUCAACCGGGCGGAGCACUGCCAACAGGAGCUUGUCUAUUACUGCAAGAAGUCACGGCUCGUUAACCAGCAAGAUGGAAGUCCUCGGAGCUGGUGGGUGGGAAGAACCAACGAAACGCAGACCUACUGGGGAGGCUCCUGGCCUUUGCCUCAAAAGUGCACCUGUGGCUUGGAAGGGAACUGCAUUGAUGCUCAAUAUCAUUGCAACUGUGAUGCAGAUCGAAGCGAAUGGACCAAUGACACUGGAUUCCUUUCCUAUAAAGAACAUCUGCCUGUCACUAAGAUAGUGAUUACAGACACCGGACGCCCACAUUCAGAAGCUGCUUAUAAAUUGGGGCCUCUGCUCUGCCGGGGAGACAGGCCAUUUUGGAAUGCAGCUUCCUUCAAUACUGAGGCUUCCUACCUCCACUUCCCCACAUUCCACGGAGAGCUCAGUGCUGAUGUGUCCUUCUUCUUCAAGACCACAGCCCUAUCCGGGGUGUUUUUAGAGAACCUAGGAAUCACAGACUUCAUCCGGAUAGAAUUGCGCUCACCCUCAACAGUAACCUUUUCCUUUGACGUGGGGAACGGGCCUUUUGAACUCUCGGUGCACUCACCCACCCACUUCAAUGACAACCAGUGGCAUCACGUGAGAGUUGAAAGGAACACCAAGGAGGCAUCACUUCAGGUAGAUGAGCUCUCGCCGAAGAUACAGGCUGCUCCCACCGAUGGCCAUGUGCUUUUACAGCUCAAUAGUCAACUCUUUGUGGGUGGGACCGCCACCCGGCAAAGGGGCUUCCUAGGAUGCAUCAGGUCUCUGCAGUUGAAUGGGAUGACCCUGGAUCUGGAAGAUAGAGCCACAGUGACCCCUGGGGUGCAGCCAGGUUGCAGAGGACACUGUGGUAGCUAUGGAAAGUUAUGCCGCCAUGGAGGGAAAUGCAGGGAAAAGCCCAGUGGCUUCUUCUGCGACUGCUCUUCCUCUGCCUAUGCAGGACCGUUCUGCUCCAAUGAGAUUUCUGCAUAUUUCGGAUCUGGGUCUUCUGUGAUCUACAAUUUCCAAGAAAAUUAUUCUUUAAAUAAAAACUCCAGCUUCCAUGCUGCUUCAUUUCAUGGAGAUAUGAAGCUGAGCAGAGAAAUGAUCAAAUUUAGCUUCCGAACGACACGGGCACCAAGCUUGCUACUUUAUAUGAGCUCCUUUUAUAAAGAAUACCUCUCGGUUAUCAUUGCCAGAAAUGGAAGUUUGCAGAUAAGAUACAAGCUAAAUAAGUACCAAGAACCUGAUGUUGUCAGCUUUGACUUUAAGAGCAUGGCAGAUGGACAGCUUCACCACAUAAAGAUAAACAGAGAAGAAGGAAUGGUCUUUGUGGAGAUUGAUGAGAGUACAAGGAGGCAAACCUACUUGUCAUCGGGCACAGAAUUCAGUGCGGUCAAAUCUCUGGUACUGGGUAGGAUGCUCGAGCACAGUGAUGUCGACCAGGAGACGGCUCUGGCUGCAGCCCAUGGCUACACAGGCUGCCUGUCCGCAGUGCAGUUCAGCCAUGUCGCCCCUCUGAAGGCUGCUCUGCAUCCUGGGCACCCAGCCCCUGUCACCGUGAUUGGGCAUGUGACUGAGUCCAGCUGUGUCGCCCCUGCCGGCACCGAUGCUACGUCACGGGAAAGGACACAUUCGUUUGCAGAUCACUCUGGAACGAUGGACGACAGAGAACCUCUCACUCAUGCCAUCAAAAGUGACUCUGCAGUAAUUGGAGGUCUGAUAGCUGUUGUGAUCUUUAUCUUGCUUUGCGUCUCUGCCAUAGCUGUUCGCAUUUAUCAACAGAAAAGGUUAUACAAAAGAAAUGAGGCAAAAAGGUCAGAGAAUGUAGACAGUGCCGAGGCUGUUUUGAAAAGCGAGCUUCAUAUCCAGAAUGCAGUUGGUGAAAAUCCAAAGGAGUACUUCUUUUGAUUGGCAGCAAUUCUCUAACUUGCAAGAAUGAGUUCAUUUUAAUAGCCAGGGGCUCUCAGUGGACAAGAACUGCUCUAACCCUGACCAUACAGGCGAUGGAUCUGCAGCACAGCCAUCUUGCCAUGUCCAGGCUCAGGAUGGCUCCAAGCAGCCUCCUCCAGUGAUGUGCUCCUCCAAGCCAUCAUUCUAUUUAAGAAAGGAGCUAGCUAUUGGUGUCCCCUUCCAACUUCUGCACAUGAUCAAAGCCAAGUUUAACUUGCUUCACAACUAUGGUUUUUAAAUGUGGAAACUGUAGCUCUUAUCUUCACUCUGUAAAACAUAAGUUUUGUUAGAGGUAAGAACUCAAAAUUGGACUAUAAUGGCCUUGCUUUACUUGAGACCAUAUGUCCUGUUUGCUUUUGUCUUCACAUGGUGUUGUUCAUGAGCCUGGAAAUGCUUCUGAGAUCCUGUUUGGCUGGUGUUCGCAUCUUCAGUGGCCAAAAGUCUAUACAUUAAGCCCCUUUGCCUUUCUCUGUAUUACAUUCAAUACAUCUAUAGUCUGAAAAAAUGUUUUCUUGUCUUUGGCUUGUUUGUAUUGCUCUUUUUCUAUUAGACUCUUUUCUGAUACUUUUUAAUGCAUUUUGUUUUGAGUGUCUGACUUUUAACUCUGAACAUGCAAUUCCUAUAUAAAAAGACUCAGAAAGCACAGUGGUUGUCAGUAUGUGAUGUCACGCCUCUACAAAGAGUUUCUUAUCAGUGUUUGAUGAUAACUGGCGAAGACCCUGAGCAAUUGUAAUUUUCCAAAGUGUGUACAAUGUUUUCCAUUAAACUAGUCACAAAACAAUUCCUAACACAGCAAUAUAUAUAUAUAUGUGUGUGUGUAUAUAUAUACACACACAUAUAUAUAUAUAUUUAAUUGCAAUUCUAUUACCUCAAAUAGACUUAUGAGACUAUCCCCCAAACCUAAGGGCAGUAGUUUCUUAGGUUUAUGUUUUUCUAAAGGUAAUUACCAAAUUUUCUUUGAUCUCCCAUGAGGAUGUUCCAUGGACUAUCAUCUUGUAUGUUAGAGAAGAAGGAGAUAACAUCGAGGGUAGAGCCCCACCCUUCAUUCUAAUACAGAGUUAUGCCACUGGCAUGAAUUUUGCUGUGCACUAACUCCCAAUAUAUGUACCUUGUAAUCUGAGUUUAACACACCCCCUACUUUUCAACCAAUAGAUAAGGUAAUAAAUGUUUAUGCUCUUUUCAGACUCAAGCUCAAGAGGUCAUUCUAGUGAUCUGUCAUGUAGGAUGAUUAGGACCGCGAAAAUGAACCGGAAUCACUCUGACAUACUCACUAGUUCAUGGUGGUUAGAGCCUAUGUAUACAGUGGGAGGUAGAAGCAUCAUUCCUAACUUUAUAAAACUUUAACAACAAUGAACUUUAAGGCCAAGUAAACAAGAUAAUUGCAUGGAAUUAUCUUUGAAAUCCAUAAGCCAAUUAAAUAAUGAAAGCACUUUGCAGUCCAUGUCCAUACCUUCAGGUGCCUCCAAAGUAAAAAAAAAAAAUACAAUUCCUUAGAUUUUUAUAUAAAACUUGGAAAUAUAUGAAUUCAAUAUCAUUAGCAUCUUAUUUUCCGUAUUUUCCUUGUGGACUCUUGGAAAAAAUCUGCUUGUCAUUUCCCAAAGCACAAGCUCCAUAUUAAUGUUUCUGUAAAUACUUGUCUAAAUCUUAAGGAAUGUGAAUUGAUGAACGACCUAUAUUGGUAAACAGCAUCUUUAUGUGUGUGCAUAUGUACACACACAGAGAGAGAGAGAAAGAGAUAGAGAGAGAAGACAGACAGACACGUGUGGUGAUAAGAGAUGCAUUUAACACAGAAUUUAUAUCAUUUGAGUAAAGUGUACAACCAUUAUCUCGGCUCUGAAUCUUUUAAAGGUAUGCUUUUAAUUUACUAGCAGUGCCCGCCUUACCAGUAGUUGAAAUGUGGUCAGCUUUAUAGAUGGUGAGGUGGCAAUGCCCUCUGGGGUCUGCACUGCAAGAGAAUGCGAUAGGAUGGCAUCAGAUUGCAUUGGUACCUUAUAUGCCAUGGUUUGGAUUUCCUGGUUUGUAACGAAUUUCUUCCUCUUUCCUUAAUAAAAUGCAUUUUUGAAAUGAAAUGCAGAAUAUACUUUGAGAUCUUGUAUAAAAGUUUUAAAUUAGGGAAUUAUGUGGGA